AUGACAUCACGCAAAUCCUCUUCAAAUAUUAUGGAGGUAAUUGUUUUGUUGAGUGACGAAGAAAAUGACAAGAAAAACAACGUUGAUCUUGAAGCUGGAGAUACAACGAUAACCUCAGGCAACGGUGAUGGCAAUAUCACUGAUAAUGAUAGGAUAUUUCUUUAUAAUAGUAGUCCAGCCCGAAAAAAGCCUAAUAAAAAAAUUGCUUCCACAAGUUCCUCAUCUUCCUCAGAGAACAAUUUAUUACCUGCUUCAUCGACAAAACGGAGAAAGCUGUUUCCUUUCAAAGAAUUGACAAUUGUAAAUCCGCCACCAUUAUUCGUAAAUAUCGAAAUACCGGAUAAUCCUCGACGUUCACUUUACAAGAGAACAGUUAGUAAAGUACCCAUUGACGAGUUAAUACAUUUUAUCAAUGAGCGUCAAAAGAUCUUUAUAAAGAAAUCGAAAGGUUUGCCAUUUCCUUAUACUGAGGAUGAAGUGUUAUCUAAAUUCCGAUUCACCAAUGUGUUUCGCGAGGAUGACAUAACCUCAGUAAUAAUAACAAAUAUCCUUUCCGAUUACGAGCCGACAGAUGAAUUCUAUAUCGUUAAUCUCAUUAUUCAUCGUCUUGUUUCACGGAAAAGUAUCAAUAAACGACUUAAAUACAUUAGAGACAUCGAUGAAGGAUGGGCGAUACUCGAAAAUCGCAGAAAUCUUGGUUUACCAGUUAGUACAAAUGCAUUUCAAAGUACUAUUACUUUCGAGGCACGAAGAGAUCAAUGGGAGAAAGUAUUUGAAUAUGGGAAAAAGAUAUGGAAGCGAAUUGUCAAACGAAAUCCACAACCAACAUUGUAUGAUGCUUAUAUCGAGCUGAAAGAGGAUAAAGAUAUUCCUCAGAUAGGAACAUUCACUGCGUGGCAAAUUGCCUGCGACAUGUUAAUGAUGGGCAUGGUGGCAUACGGGGAUAAUAAGGCGUUUGCUGUAUUAGGUCCAGGCGCUGAAGAAGGGCUUAAAUACUUCGAUAAAAGAUAUGACUUUGAGUCAUUAUUGCAAAAAGUAAAUCUGAAUCUUGGGUCACAUUUUGAAGGAAGAACACUACGUGGUUUGGAUUUAGAACAUAUUCUCUGUGAAUUUCAAAAAUAUUAUAAAGCCACUCAAGGAGACUCGAGAGGUUUGCGAAAGUAUGAAGAUGAUUGA